AUGCAUGAGUCACUGGUGUCCAGCUCACUGGGCUUGUCACAGUCAUCAGUGUCACGAAGACAGAGACGUCGUGAGUCUGCUGAUCUGGUCGACGAGAACGACCUGCCCGUCCAGCAAUCACUCAUCGAUGCCGUUCAGAGCUGUGGUUUGAUCAUGAACAGACAGCACAUCACCCUUGGACAGCGAUCAAAGUGGCUCAAUGCCAUAUCGAUUGCUAUCGACCUUGGCGAGCAAGACCAUAUCCUCAGCACCAUCCUCCAUUGUAUCACAUCAUACCCAUUCGUUGAUAAGUUGGACAUGGUUGCGAGAUACACUCGCACAAUUCCAACCCAUCAAGAUGACGACAACCUUGAGGUUGAGGAGGAUAUGAACGCACAGGCCGCCGUCAAUCCAUCACGUACUUUACAGUCAUUGGAUGAGGUGCCCACCGCCGUUGGUAACACUUCCAAUUGGUUCUACAACAACACCUACAACUCAUUGUUGCAGAUCAAUGCGGUAGAGGCACAUGACAACGGAUACGAUGGAAAGGGUGUCACUAUAUUGAUCACAGACACUGGCUUUGUUCUCACUCAUCAGGUGUUCCAGAACAUGACCAUCAAGGACACAAAGAACUUCGUCCUCAAUGGCACCAAGAAUGUCACCUCCACCAACCCCGCGCAGAACAGACAUGGCACUGCAACACUCUCAACAGUUGGUGGAUACUACCCUGGCAUCAUGGUCGGCCCCGCCUACAACGCAACCUAUUUGAUUGCCGCCACCGAGGACGCUGUUGGUGAGGACUAUAUCCAGGAGGAGGACAACUGGAUGGCGGCCAUGGAGUGGGGAGAGGAGAAUGGUGCCGAGCUGGUCACAAGCUCACUAGGCUACACGCUCUGGUACAAUUACUCUAACAUGAACGCUAGCUCCAGGAUAUCAAAGGCCGCCGACACUGCAUUUGACAAGGGCAUGGUGAUGGUGAACAGUGCUGGCAACGAUGGUGCCAAGGGAAUUGGUGCACCAGCCGACGGCAUCAAUGUGAUUGCUGUGGGCGCUAUCGAUAACAAGGGCAUGGUGACGUCCUUCUCAUCGCUCGGCCCAUCUGCAGACGGACGCAUUAAGCCCGAGAUCUCUGCUCUGGGUCUUCAGAACUUCAUCGCCGACCAGGCCUGCGAUACAUGCUACGCUCGUAUGUCUGGCACAAGUUUCUCGUGUCCGCUGACCGCCGGUGCCAUUGCAUUGAUCAUGCAACGCAACCCAUUGUGGACGCCAACACAAGUUCGCACGGCAGUGCUCUCGACCGGCUCCAACUCGACCGCGGCCAAUCUAAAGACUGGCUACGGCAUACUCAACACAUGGUUGGCAUCCAACUACAUUCAAAAGAUCAGCGCCAGUGCCAAUUGCUCCACGGUCAAGUGCUCCGGACAUGGAGGUUGCUACAAUUAUGAAUGCUACUGCUCGCCCAACUACUACGGCCAGUUCUGCCAGUUCCCCCGAGUUGGAUGUGCCGCCCCAUGCAUCCAACGUGGAGGUCAUUGUGCCAAGGACGUCUACGGAUUCGUCUACGUCUGUGCUCAAUUCGAGGAUACCAUCAUCAAUGAUACAUUGACUGUUGAUAUCGCUAACAAGUAUUGUGAUGGAGUGAUUGAUCGAUGUGGAGUAUGUGGAGGACCUGGAAACGAAUGUCCAGAGAAGGCAAAGGAUAGUAAAAACAAGAAGAUAAUAGUUGGUGCGGCACUGAUCACUUUGGGUGUAUUGGUACUCAUCACUGGAGUGAUCUACUUUGUCAGGAGACGUCGUCAGUACUCACGAGAGGAGGAGUCUGAGCGUUUCUUAAGACUUCCAUUAAGCGAGCAAUAA